AUGACGACAGGGAGUACAUUUGGAAGCCAAGAAACCCUGUCCAGUAGGCACACCUCAGGAGGAAGCAAGUUUAUUACAAGCUCGAAAAUACUCAGAAAUGGAUUCAGUGGGCCAUGGGAAUUUUAUGCCAAGCUAUUUGUGGAAGGAAAUGUGACUUUGAACUUCUGGACUGACCAUGUCCUAGACUGGUGGAAGCACAAAGAUGAUUCCAAUGUCUUGUUUCUUAAAUAUGAAGAUUUACAAAAGGAUCUACUUUCCCAUGUUCGAAUGAUCGCUAACUUCCUCAACAAGCCGCUGUCAGAUGAACUCAUCAGUCGCAUUGCUGAACAGUGCACUUUCAGUGGAAUGAAGAAAAAUGCUGCAAGUUACUCAGUAAAGAGCAAGGAGGGCGAAACAUCGCUUCUUCGGAAGGGAGUGGUCGGAGACUGGAAGAAUUACUUCACUCCAGAACUGAAUGAGAGAUUUGACAAGGAAGUACUGGAAAAAUUGAAGGGAAGUGGAUUAGAGUUUGAUUUUGAGAUUUAGUAGAUGUUUACUAAGACAACGAACUCUCGAAAACGAAUGAAUAGGAUAAUUUAUAAUUAGUAUCUAUGCAAGCAACAUGUUACACAUGCAAAGGGUCAAAGUCUGAUGUUAAUUAGAAAAUAAUGAUGUAAAUUAAAUAACUGAAUGAUUACCAGGCAGUCUGUUUCAAUGUGCAAUUUACUAAAGGAUGCUGAUCGGAGCUAUAACCAAAUUCGCGAUCAUGGUUGGUUCUCCGCGGUCUGAUUGUAAUCGAAACGGUUAGUUUUUCUCUUUUGCAUUACAAUUUAAUCCGUCUUGGAUGCGAUGCAAUUUUGGGCAGAAACUACAAAGUUUCCCGAAAUUUCCUCACAUACACGCUGGAUUAUAUUAUAAUGCAACUGAGAAAAGUAUACCUUUUAUUUUUCUUUCGCGAUGAGUGGUGAACCCAGUAAGAGCGUGUACCACUUACAGAUCAUGCAAAAUUCAUCUUGGAGAGGUGCAGGAGACGCCUUGGAUCUUCACUAUCCCGUUAUGUUUUAUCGGUGAUUAACUUAAUGUAAUUAACGGCUGCGAAGGAGAAUUUCAUCGCACUAGAAGCAAGGCUAGAAGCUAGCCUUUGAACAGGCUCCCGACUGGGCUAUACGGAGAAGAAGAAAAAUAGGCGGUUGGGGGUGUCAACUCGCUUCGCUCGCCGAAUGCUCGCCGCUGACCUUCGUUUCCGGCCUAUUUCGUGCUGCCUAGACCAUGUACGGCUGCUAGCUGAGAGGCUGGGGAGAGGGAAUAACGGAAGCUCUUCAUUAACCAUUCUCGUCCUCGCUACUCUUAGCUUGCGGGGCCUUAGAGAGAAUGGUUCCCCGCGCGCCUUCCCACUACAAAAUCCCCCCCCCCCCUACCCAAGGGAGGAUCUGCGGAGGAGAGAGCGCUUAGCCUGCAGCUAUAGAGCGUUUUGACUCACAUGGCCAGCACACAUGCAAAUUUAUUUGCAGAAAGGGAAAUUUUUACAUAA